AAACGAAUCGUCAUAUACACCUCAUAGUGUUUUUUAUUAAUUUUAUUAAGCAUUUUUAAGAGUUUCAUUCGAUCAAAUAAUCACAUCAUAAGUUUCUAAAAGUUAUUAGCUAUUUGAGUCAAUAUGUCAUUACAACAACGAAUAGAGGCUUCAACUACAGUUACUUUAAAUGAGUGCAUUUUUACUUGGACAAUCAAGAAUUAUAACUUAAUGAAAUCGAAAGUUGGAGAAUCUAUAGAAUCCCCCCAGUUUGGUGUUGGAAGUGAUGAUAAAAAAUAUUUUAUGUUACAAUUGUAUCCUCAAGGUAGAAAAAAUGAAGAAUCUAUGGGAUACAUUUCUCUAUUUAUUGUCCCAUGUACAAUUACUUUAAGAAAUGAACUGGAUAAACACAUAUAUAGAAUCACAUUAUCAGCUGUAAAUAAUAAAAAAGUUGUUAAAAAAUUAACUUCUCUUCAUGUUCAUUCGAGUACUUCAGACUGGGGUAAUGAAAAAUUUUUCAAACUUGAAGAUAUUGACAAAUUAAUAUCUUCUGAGAAUACUGUAACUGUUCAAUGUGAAUUAGAAAUUUUUAAUGAAUUGGAUUCGUCAUUGGAUUCAGAUAUCAUUAACGAUGAAAAUGAGAUUAUCGAUAAAAUGAAAUUCCAUUUUUCAUUUCUUAGUGAAGAGCUCAGUGAUGUCAAAUUGACAACUUCUGAUGAAAAAGAAUUACCAGCACACAAAAUCAUACUCGCAACAGCCAGCCCAGUUUUUAGAGCCAUGUUUGCACAUGAUAUGUUGGAAAAUAAAGAAAAUUCCGUGAAGAUAACAGACGUUACUGAGAAUAUUCUAACUGAAAUGUUGCGAUACAUCUAUACUCGAGAGAUCGAUGCAAUCGAAACAGAUAUGAUUAUUGAACUUUUAGCAGUGGCUGAUAAGUAUCAGAUUGAUAAUUUGAAAACCAAGUGUGGAAAAAUAUUAUAUUCUUGUUUAUCUAUUGAAAAUGCCAUUAAAAUUCUAAUAGCUGCCCAUAAACACCAAGUAAAGAAUUUGGAAGAUAAGGUAAUAGAGUUUGCUACUGCCCAUAAGCGAUCACUUAUUGAUUCUGAACAACUAAAGUUGUUAGCAGAUCCAACUUUAUUGGCAAAUUUAAUGCAAUCGAUAAUAAAAUCAUCAGAAAAUUAA